AUGGCCGAGAUCCAGCCUGGCACCGGCGUUCGAAGCCCCAGAUCGUCGUCGGCGCGAUCGCAGGCGAUGAGCGGAGCAUCAAUCGCCGUCUGGCUGGGCAAACUGACCAGCCUCCAGACGACAUCCGGCCUCGUCCGAGAGACGCCCGGCAGUGCCAUCUGCUCUGCCGGCGUCGCGGGUGCAUCGCGGCUCGGCCUUGACUCCGCGACGAAGUACAAGCUCGAGCCCGGCUCCGAGGGCAAACGGUGCGCCGGCGGAGAUGCCGACCACACCGAACCCCGCUCGGCAGAUGGCCAAGGCCCCAAUGCCUGGUGGUGGCGUCGCCAGUCUCGCCGCAGCAGUUUUCAGCAGAUUCCCUGCCACCAGAGGACCGUCAGUCUUGUGGAUCCGCCCGGCUUCUCCGGCAACCGAGGCCCCGACGACUUGGCUUCAUUUGAACUGGACUCGGACACCGCCAGCGCCAGCGCCAAUUCGGGCUGCGUUUCGGCCCACGAAACCGUCUUCCCAGCAUUCGUUGCCGGCAACGCGGCAGGACGCGAGCCCGAAGGCACAACGAAAGGCAGACACGGCGGUCUCUGGAGCAAUACAAAGCAAGUGGAGACUUUGCAGGUGGCAUUUGUUAACAAGAGUGAAAAAGACGAAUACCGACUAUCAGGACAGUCUUAA